AUGGACUCCUGGAUCUUCCCAUCAUCCCCUCCGAAUCUGUCGGAGCACCUCAUGUAUGACAGCUUCGUGCAGGGCAAUGAGUCCAACCUCCAUGGGAACCGCACAGACCACAGCUUUAACAGAACCAGCACAGUGGUCAUCACCUGCAUGUACUUUCUGGUCUGUACCGUAGGGCUCUGUGGGAAUGCCCUUGUCAUCUACGUCAUCCUGCGCUACGCCAAGAUGAAGACAGUCACCAACAUCUACAUUCUCAACUUGGCAGUGGCCGACGUGCUCUUCAUGCUCGGCCUGCCGUUCAUUGCCAUCCAGUUAGCACUGGUUCACUGGCCAUUCGGGCCCGUGCUGUGCAGGGUAGUGAUGACUGUCGACUCCCUGAACCAAUUCACGUCUAUCUUCUGCCUGAUGGUUAUGAGCAUCGACCGAUACCUGGCUGUGGUGCAUCCCAUUAAGUCCACAAAGUGGCGCAAGCCGCGUAUGGCCAAGACCAUCAACCUGACAGUGUGGGGGGUGUCGCUGAUGGUUAAUCUGCCCAUCGUUAUCUACAGCGGCAUUAUUACAAAGCAAGAUGGCUCCUUCUGCACCAUUGUGUGGCCUGAGCCUCAAGAGGCUUACUACACCGCAUUCAUGUUUUACACUUUCAUUCUGGGCUUCUUCCUGCCCCUUAUGGUCAUCUGCCUUUGCUACUUGUUCAUCAUCAUUAAGGUGAAGUCCUCAGGCAUUCGUGUGGGUUCCUCCAAAAGGAAGCGCUCAGAAAGGAGGGUGACCCGGAUGGUGUCCAUUGUGGUGGCAGUGUUUGUUUUCUGCUGGCUGCCUUUCUACGUCUUCAACGUCACCUCAGUAACGGGCACCAUCAGCACCACUCCCAUCCUGAGAAGUACCUUUGCUUUUGUGGUGGUACUAGGAUAUGCCAACAGCUGUGCUAACCCCAUCCUUUAUGCCUUCCUAUCAGAGAACUUUAAGAAGAGUUUCCAAAAUGUUCUGUGUCUUAAGAAGGUGGGAGGGCUUGAUGAGGUUGAGCGCAGCGAUAGCCGGCAGGACAAAUCCCGCAUGAUGAAUGACCCCACAGACACCCAGAGUACUCUGCUGAAUGGUGACCUGCAGACCAGCAUCUGA